CUGACCCCACGUCAAGAGAGUCGUUGCCGGAGUGAGAUGCUGGUUCACAUAUGCUUGCUAGCCUUAUUAGGCUUCGGUACCUCUCUAGAAAUUGAGAAAGUUAUGCCAUCGCAAUAUGAAAUCGAAGGUUCGAUCAAUCGGACGAUCGAGGAAGUUGAGAAAAUGAUUGGAAACAAUCCGAGCUUACCGAAACUUAGUCGAGGCGACAUUGUCAAUAUCCUUUACAAUAUAACUUCGAAGGAUAUGUUAUCUAUUGAAGACGAAACUCUUGGAGCUCUUCAGAAGAUGAGAUCGGAUUAUCAGCGAGCUUUAAUGGUGGUCCUGCCUUACAAACUCAAAAGCUCAGAAAAUUUGAAAGAUCUGUAUACGAAGCCACCUAUUGUGCAAAUACUCGAAGACGGAGAUUUAGAUAAUAAAAAAGCGACGAGACUCGAAGCUACUUACAAUCCAAGUACUUACUCAGGUAAUGAUGUUCUUCAAUCUAAAAAUUCUAUUAACAAUAUACAUCAAUUGAUUGCAGCUCAUAUGAAAGUUAAUGGCGAUAAAAGUUCUGGAGCUCCUGUUAAAAUGGACGCUCAUUAUCUUAAAACAAUGGCUGACGUUUUAAAUGACACCAAUGUGAAAUUCGAACCACAAAAGUAUAAUUUCAAUUUUGAUUUAAUCGAUCAACGAGCCGAAGCUUCCCAAACGUCUAUAGCAACGAAGCGACCGAUUUAUAAGGGCACAUUUUCACGAUAUAGAACGAGUACGCAAAGUCCACCUAGACUGGAAAUUAUUUAUAGCUCAACGUCGACGAGGAAGCCAACAACUGGUAAUAAGCCAGACACGACAAUCGUACAAAAUAAAUCUACGCAAAAUAUUUUAUCGUCAGAUCAAUGGCAGUAUUACGCUCCACCAAGCACGACCACUACCCAUAAGACAACCAUGCCAGAUAAUCCAUUGUGGGAGCCGAUGUCAGCUUUUGUGCCUACGGAUGCGCCGAUCAAGCCAGCACCAAUUUUCGUAACACCGAGCGCGAUGAUUAAUCAAGAAACUACAUAUUCUAAUGUUAAUAACGAGGCAAUUAUAAUCAACGUAACAAGCACAACUGUCAAAUCUACGCCGAUGAGACAAGAUGUUGAAUUAUUAUUGAAAUCAAUUGGUCUUGAGCCAAUAAAGUCCACUGAUCCGAAGAAUAGCAUUAAAUUUAUGAAAAAUACUAUUGAUUCGCAAUUAAAUAUCCAUUCCCAUAGUAACAAUCAGAAUUCGAAAUUGGAAGCAGUAAGAUCGAAUUUAUCGAAUACAUUACACAAUAAUUCAAUCGCGUCAUCAUCGUUAAAAAUGAAAGAUAAUAUCAAAAAUUUAUCGCCAGAUAUACAAUUACUUUUCAAACAGUUUGGAUUACAAUCUCAUAAUCAAAAUGAUAUACCGGCAUUUACAACUCCAAAGUCAACGACAGUUACGGCAAUUAUCAAUUCAUAUACUCGUUUCAAACCCUUACCAACUUCCUCCGUUCGAGAUAAAGAUUUUCGUAACUUCUUGGCGAGGUUUGGAUUGGGAAUUGGAGCAAGUCGAAACGAAAAGGCAAUGCAACAGUUGCAAACAACGAAAAGGCCUUCCUUAAUCGACGCUGUGCCUGAAAAUAUGAAAAGAAUUUUAGAAAAUAUAGGGCUAAUUAAGACGAGUCAAAGAGGAGAGUCUAAAUUCAAGGAGGACAUCAAUUUUCAAACCCAGAGCUCAAAGAUUGUCGAGCAAACGACUUUGUCGAGCGAGCAUAUAUUCAAACCUUACGAAAGUGCAAUUGAGGAUAAGGAACAAAAUAAUAAGAUAAAAAAUCUGCUGAAUACGGUAAGAAUGGUUCAAGAAGGCAGAGCUAAUGUACAAGAUGUCCAAGACAUAGCUAACGAUCUUCUAUCAAAUACAAAAUCCCUUGAAAAUGGUCCUGAUCCGCUUAAGCUGGAGGCCAUUUUAAAUAAUUAUAAAAACAGUUUGAAGAACGAAGUGAAGAGGCAACAGGCGCAAGUAACGUCCACGAGCACGAGUACAGCGACUUCGACGUUAGCUGAUUUAGAUGAAACAACGCCAUCCGUCAUAGCUACAACCGAAUCAUCCGGUUCAUUCUCGGAAUCCAUAACAUCCUCGCCACUAGUUGGGGAUAAUUCAAAAGAGCCAAAAAUAUCUCAGUCAUCCAUAUCAUCUACUGUCACCACCCAAGCAACACAACCCUCAUUCUUCGACACUUUUGACAUUUCGGACUAUCUGAAUAAAACCGAGAGUGACAGCAGCAAUACCGUCACCUCGGCCGAGUCAUCCUCGACUUCUGAGAACAGCACAAAAUCUAGUUUCUUCGAUACCUUCGACAUCAAUGAUUAUACUAACAACACAGCUGAUGAAAAUUCGGCUAAGGUUGCCGACGCAAAUUUACCUGACCUCGAGGCCUCGUUUGGAGGAAGCACAGCGGAGCCGGACCCGGUUAUACCUACAAGACCGAAGACUGGACUUUACUUCCUGGUAGACUGGAACACGUUUUUGGAAGUGGGCGAGGAAGGCAAAGAAAAAGUUAACUUGCGAUUCGCACCGAAAGUGGGCGACAGAUCAAGAUUCUUAUCUGUCAAGAUGCCCUAGAAAAUCUAGAAGAACCCCCCUAAUUUAUUAUU